GGAGCUCAUUUGUACCCAUGAGGGAGAGAGAAAAUAACCUACAAUAAAAACAGUGCUUUUAAUUCCUACUCUACUGCAAGACUUUACCUACAUUUACAGAAAGUAUAGAAAAGUUCAUUUUGGCAAGGCAACGCUGCGCCCUAUCACGCUCCUAUUGCGAAAAGGUCACUUUCCUCUGUCGAUAGCCAACCCAUUGCAUGCAGUGUGGCAAAGUUUGGCUCAUGCUGCUGUUCUAGAGCUCUAGUACGUCCCAGAGAGCUCGCGUCGCCCUGACGUCUCAGAUAACCCGUGGAGUACAGACCGUUGUGGAGACCACAAACGAGUGGAGGUGAAAUUAUCGGAACAAAAGAGAGAAAGUGCCGAGCAACCCUCUGUGCGGCACAUUAUCCUAAAUGCUGGUGGAGGAAGACGCGGGCAGGCAGGCUCUCCCUCUGAAUUCUGUUUGGAUUUACAAAAUAAGACGCGGUCCAGCCAUGGAUUCAACAAUGGACAUAUUCCUCACUGCUCGGGAAAACUUUUGAUUAACGUGAUUGUUGUACUUCACAGGACAAGAGACAAAACUGUACGAUUAGGUUUACUGAAGUGAGUUUACGUGUGGUAAUCUGGCUUUUACCUGGAAAUACUUUGCUUUAUGUGAAGAGGGGUUGAUCCAAGUUUCACCGAGCUAGCACGCUUCGUUUCGCUCUCUUGCAUCGCACAUGGGGUGACCUGUUGGAGCAUCUGGGUCUUUGAAGACGUGCCACUGGGAGAGACCUUCUCCUCUCCUCCAUCCAUUACCACUCCACCUCAACUACCAAGACGACUCCCAUCCCCGUACACCACUUCUCGCCUCCUCCACACCCUCCCCACACCCUGAUCGGGGUGAAAGCAGCAUGACCACUGGCCCCGAGGCGUCCAAGCAGCAGCAGCAGAGGCGAGCGUGCGCGUAGUAGCAGCGUGUAAAUGACUAGUUCUGGAGCAGCAGCAGCAGCAGCAGCAGCCAGCAACGCAGCAGCAGCAGCAGCCGGCGCGGUGCUGACCUCCUCGUCGUGCCAGGCCGUCGCCAUGAGCAAGAGCAAGUAUUCGCAGUACUACAACAAGACGGUGAUCCAGGAGCACUACCUCAUCGCCAAGAACAUGACGCAGGCCGAGCUGGAGCUGCGCAUGCACCGCAAGGACUCGCUGAGCUCGCUCAGCAUCUUCUUCGUGGUCAUCUGCAGCAUCAUCAUCCUGGAGAACCUGCUGGUGCUGGUGGCCGUCUUCCGCAACAAGAAGUUCCACUCGGCCAUGUUCUUCUUCAUCGGCAACCUGGCCUUCUCCGACCUGCUGGCCGGCUCGGCGUACAUCGCCAACCUCUGCCUGUCGGGCCCGCAGACCUUCCAGCUGGUGCCCGUGCAGUGGUUCAUCCGCGAGGGCACGGCCUUCAUCGCGCUGGCCGCCUCCGUCUUCAGCCUGCUGGCUAUCGCUAUCGAGCGCUACAUCGCCAUUACGAAGGUCAAGGUGUACGGCUCCAACAAGAAUUGCCGCAUGUUCCUGCUGAUCUCCGCCUGCUGGGUGACUUCGAUCCUGCUGGGCGGCCUGCCCAUCAUCGGCUGGAACUGCAUCAACGACAUCGAGGACUGCUCGGCGGUGCUGCCGCUCAACUCCAAGCGCUACAUCCUGUUCGUGGUGGCCAUCUUCAGCAUCAUCCUGCUGUCCAUCGUGGUGCUCUACGUGCGCAUCUACCUGAUCGUGCGCCACUCGCACCAGGAGACGGCCGCCAACUCGCAGGCGUACUCGCUGCUGAAGACGGUGACCAUCGUGCUGGGCGUCUUCAUCGUGUGCUGGCUGCCGGCGUUCACCGUGCUGCUGCUGGACACGUCCUGCCACAUGUCCACCUGCCCCAUCCUGCAGAAGGCCGACAUCUUCUUCGGCUUCGCCACGCUCAACUCGGCGCUCAACCCGCUCAUCUACACGCUGCGCAGCAAGGACAUGCGGAAGGAGUUCCUGCGCGUGCUGUGCUGCUACUGGGGCCUGCUGGGCGGCACGGCCGACCACUGCGUGCCCCUCAAGAGCUCCAGCUCCCUGGACCACUGCACCAACAAGCACGAGCACCAGACCAUGCCAAUCAUGUCCAAUCAGGACUGCACCACCUGCGUUUGAGACUCUCUCUCUCUCUACUCUCUACUCUACUCUCCUCUACUAUCCUGUCUUCUCGUCUCGCCUCUCUCCCGACACGCUCACGCCGCCGCCUCUGGUAGCCCCCUCCAAGACUCCAACCAUCACCCUCCUCCCCACUCGACCACCACUCCACCACUCCACCACUCCACUACUCCACCCCGGACAUGAGGGAUUGGGGAUUUCAGAGUGCGAGCCGAGUGAAUGUAUGUGACGGAGAAAUACAAAGUGUGUGUGUGUGCGCGUGUGUGUCUGUGUGUGUGAGAGCAUGACUGAGUGUGUGUGUGUAUGUGUGUGUGCGUGUGUCUGGGAGGGUGCACUGAUGAGCUAAGAGGACUCAGAGGGUAACGGGGCUCACGGGGGGUGAAAGGCGAUCCAACGCAAUGGCCGUCGAAGGUCAAGGCCGUCCAGAAGCUGCAUAUACUGAUGGUCAGAGCCCACCACACACACACACACACACACACACACACACACACACACACACACACACACACACACACACACACACACACACUGCUGCAGACUGCAGACUGCUGUUCUAUGUUCUGCAGCAGUCACACCUGUGUUGAGUUCUCCAUCGGUCUUAAGGUUCCCCUGUCUUCCUUAACAGGACGUGUGGUAGAACUAUCGCAUUAGCCAUUCCUGGGGGGAAGCGCUCACUUGCUCGCCCAGAAAUGGACUUGUUGAAGGGUAUGCCUGCUUUUGAUCUCUUGUCAUGUCAACGUUCAAACAAUCAAACAGUCGUUGUCUUUUGUGUUGGCAUUCUCUGCUCAAUGACUUGUGACUCAACGUUUAAAGUCUUACAAAAAUGUUUUUCUUAUCUUUCGAAGCCAAAAAGCCCUAAAUAUGUGGUAAGAUUCGAGAGUUGAGUAAGAGCUUUGUACAAGCUCUUCAAGCAGUGCAAAAGCCAAAUGUUAUCCGCAUUGCUAAGCAAUGACAAAACCAUUGCAGAGCUCCAAAAAAAAAAAAAAAAAGAAACCAUUGCACUUUGUAGAAUUGCAAGUGUGGUAAUUUUUCUGUGUGACUGAGAAGGUCAUCCUCGUCUUUGAAAUGUGGUUUUCAAAGACACAUCAGAAGAGUGGAAAAAAAAGAGAGAAUAUUUCCAGGAAGUGAAAUGGGUGAAUUUCAGCAGGUAGCUGUUCUCCUUGUGAGAGCAGAACCUGCAUGACUACCCACCCUCAAAUAAAAAAGAAAAAUAUGGCUAUAUAUUCACUUAUAUACAUGUGCAUACGUCUAAUCUACUACCCAAAUACAAACAUACCCUGCUUCUCCAUGUAUUGCAUGAAAUUCUAACCUUUUGUAAUAAGAUUUUAAAAAACCAACAUAACGUGUAUGACGUGUUACAAUUUCAGCAUUAACACCUGUAUGUGUGUCCUGCUUCUAUGCCCUCCUCCUCGUGCUCCGUGUCUUCUUAACUCCUCUGUCUUUUUUUACUAUGCUUUCCUCUCAUAAACCUUUUCCCGAGAGGAAAUAAGUACAUUUCCUCAAGUGAGCUGGCACUGAUUUAAAAAAAAAAAAAAAAGAAAGAAAAGAAAAGAAAAGAAAAUCACUUAACGACGGCUGUCCAGCUCUCUCCAACCACUGGACUGCUGCCUUUGACAAUGUUGUAGCGUCACAGCGGCUGCACGUGCCUCUACUUUUGAGUGUUUUUUGUUUGUUUGUUUUUGUUUUCUUUUUUUGUUUUAUAGUAAAUACCAUCUUGGUAAAAACACAGUUGAAUGUAAGCAUGAAGUGUUUGGAGCACGUUUUGUUUGGCUCCACCCAUUGACAGUAUUACAGCUGAUGCCUGUUAACGUCGAGUGUUUGUCUGACAUUGGAAUUCAUAGAGUUGGGUUUUUCUUUUUUCUUUUUUUUUUUGGCUCGCUCGCAUUAAAAAGGAUGCAUACAGUACACACACUUGUGCAUUUACACACUGUGAAGAAGUCUUAAAUGUUUUUGAACGCCACGAGCAACACAAUAUCCGUUUGUAUAGAUGACCUAGUACACACACAGUAUACACACACACACAUUGAGAGGACACAGGAAGGGCUGAAGAUGAGGAGGAUGGAGACUUCUCUCCCGCAAAGGGUCCUACUCCCUCCUUCCUUCACUCCUCCAUCAUCCACUCCUCCACCGCAUCUUUUCCCAUCCCAUCCCAUCCCAUCCCAUCCCAUUCUACCCCCCUGGCUUGAAUCCGGUGUCAAAUCCACCACGUUCUCUCUCUCUCUCUCUCUCUCUCUCUCUCUCUCUCUCUCUCUCUCUCUCUCUAAAGCCGCGGGGCUUCCUCUAGAUGCAGGAAGUCCUGUGCGUGCGUCCGAGAGCGGUUCCUGUUGUUCAGUCAGGAUGACUGACCUCAUCCUCAUCCCUCCGCUCUCCUGGCCUCAAACAUACAAUACAAUAGACAGCGUAAACACAAAGCCACUGAGCGCAUCUACGGAGCCAAAGUGGCUUGCCAUUUGUUACACGUUUUAGGACCCCUCCUUUCUCAACCACAACAUGUACAUCAGUCAGGAACAGAGAAAGCACUUUGGCAGCUCCCUCAAAAAAAACUGUCUUCUGCGCUGUUCUAUAUAUUUUUGUUACAAUUUUCUUUUCUUUUUUUUUAAAUAACGGUAAUUAAAAAAUGGUUCAAGUUUCCAAAGUCACAUCCAUCUGUCCCACACUCCCACAUUCAGUGGUAAAACAUCACCUAACCCUGUGGAACAAUGUAUUAUUUUUUAUUAUAAAUAUAUGAAUAUGUAUGUAUGUAUCUAUGUACAGUAUGUAAGUAUGUAUGAGUUGUGUAAAACAUAUGAAACGUGUUGUGCAAUAGCCAUGUGUGUCUAGUAGCACGCUACCUGUGUUGACUUGGUACAAAUUUAAACACUAAUAGAGGUACAUCAAUGUUUUUGUCCUUUUUUUUAUAAAAUAAAUGAAAUUUAAGAAA